AAACGCUCGGAGGCACGAGAAGGUGUAAGGCACCCUAAAUCUUUGCCUGGCUCGAGUCCUGGCUCGAAGCCUGGCUCGAGUCCUAGCUCGAGACCCAGUUCAAGUCCCAGCUCAAGUCCCAGCUCGAGUCAAAGCUCAAGUCCCAGCUCGAGUCUCAGCUCGGGUGCCAGUUCGAAUCCCAGUUUGAGUCCUAGUUUGAGUCCCAGUUCAGGUCCCAGCCAUAGUCCCAGAUGUAGUGCAAGCUCUUGUCCUAGCUCGAGUCCCAGCUCAAAUCCCAGUUCGAGUCCCAGCUGGAGACCCAGCUCAAAUCCCAGCUCGAGACCCAGCUCUAGUCCCAGCCAUAGUCCCAGAUGUAGUGCAAGCUCUUGUCCCAGCUCGAGUCCCAACUCAAGUCCCAGUUCGAGUCCCAGCUCGAAACCCAACUCCAAUCUCAGCUCGAGACCCAGCUCUAGUCCCAGCUUUAGUCCCAGCUCGAGACCCAGUUCAAGUGCCAGCUCAAGUCCCAGGCCGAAUUCCAGCUCGGGUCCCAGUUCGAAUCCCACUUUUAGUCUAAGUUCAGGUCCUAGCCAUAGUCCCAGAUCCAGUGUAAUCUCUUGUCCCAGCUCGAGUACUAGCUCUAGUCCCAGUUCUAAUCCCAGUUCGAGUUCCAGUUUGAGUCCCAGUUCAGGUGCCAGCCAGAGUCCCAGAUCUAGUGCAAGCUCUUGUCCUAGCUCGAGUCGGGGUUCUGGUGCGAGCUCUAGUGCCAGCUCGAGACUCAGCUCUGGUCCCAGCUCAAAUCCCAGCUCGAGGUCCAGUUCGAAUCCAAGUUUCAGUCUCAGUUUGAGUUCCAGCUUAGGUCCCAGCUUAGGUCCCAGCUCUUGUUCCACGAUGAAUUCCCGGUUUAGUCCCAGUUGGAGUCCAAACUCAAGUCCCAGCUGUAGUCUCAGCUCGAGUCCCAGCUCUAGUCCCAGUUCGUGUCCCAGUUCGAAACCCAGCUCAAGUCCCAGUUCGAAACCUAGUCAAGUUUCAGCUCAAGACCCAAGUCGUGUCAGUUCGAGACCCAGUUCGAGACCCAGCUCGAGACCCAGUUCGAAACCCAGUUCAAGACCCAGCUCGAGACCCAGUUCGAGGCCCAGUUCGAGUGCCAGUUCGAGACCCAGUACGAGACCCAGUUCAAGACCCAGCUCGAGCCCUAGGUCGAGACCAAGCUCGAGACCCAGUUCGAGUCCCAGUUCAAAUUGCCACUCUAGUUCCAGUUCAUGUCCCAGCUCUGAUCCCAGUUCGAGUCCCAGCUUGAGUCCCAGCUUUGGUACCAGCUCUAGUCUCAGUUCGAGUUCCAGUUCUAGUCCCAGCUCAAGUCCCAGUUUGAGUCCCAGUCCAAGUCCCACCUCUGGUCCCAGCUCUAGUUCCUGUUUGAGUCCCAGCUCUAAUUCCAGUCUAAGUCUCAGCUCUAAUUCCAGUUCGAGUCCCAGCUGGAGUCCCAGUUGGAGUCCUAGCCCGAGACCCAGCUCUAGUAUAAGCUUCUGGUCCCACCCAAGUACAAAUCCCAGUUCGAGUCACAGUACAAGUCCCAGUACGAGUCCCAGUUCGAGUCCCAACUCGAGACCCAGCUCGAGUCCCAGUUUGAGUCCCAGUUCAAGUCCCAACUGUAGUUCCCUUUCGAGUGCUAGCUCGAGACCGAGGUCUAGUAUAAGCUCUGGUCCCAGUUUUUGUCCCAAUGCAAGUCCCAGCUCAAAUCCCAGCUUGAGUCCAAGUUGAAGUCCAGGUCGAAUCCCAGUUCGAAUCCCAGUCAUAGUCUCCGCUCUAGUCUCCCAGCUCGAGUUUCAGUUCGAGUCCCAGUUGGAAUUUCAGCUUGAGUCCCAGUUUGUCUCAGCUCUAGUCCCAGCUCAAUUCCCAGUUUGAGUCUCAGUCUGAGUCCCAGCUCGAGACCCAGGUUGAGACCCAGCUCGAG